AUGGACAUGGCUCGCCCCGUCGUCGCGCACCUCUUCUUCCUCCUCCUCCUCGUCUCCACCGCGCCGGCCGUGCGGACCACCCCGGAGGCCGGCACCAUCCACGAGGCGUGCAACAAGACGCUGUUCCCCAAGGUGUGCCUGCAGGCGCUCAAGGACAACCCCGAGUGCCAGACGGCGACGCCGACGCCGCGGCGGCUGGCGGAGCUGUCCGUGUACGUGACCGCGGAGGUGGGCAUGACGGUGACGGCGUUCGCGCACCACGAGCUCAACGGCAUCAAGGACAACGUCCUGUACAAGUGCCUGGACACCUGCUCCGAGGACAUCGAGGAGGCCGUGGCGCACCUCAGCGCGCUCACCCGCGACCUCACCGACGCCAAGUUCCUCGAGGUCAAGACCUGGCUCGCCUCCACGCUCGGCGGCACCUCCACCUGCGAGGACGCCUGCAAGGACGCGCCCGUCAGCGACAUCAAGAACGCCUGCAUCACCAAGAGCUUCGAGUUCGAGAAGCUCCUGCGCGUCACGCUGGACCUCAUCACCGAGGCCUCGGGCUCCAUGUCCGCCGCGGUCGCGCUGCCGCCGUCGGAGUCGGGCGCCAUGGCCGGCGCGCCGUCGUACGGCGCGGCGGCGCCGUUCGGGGGCCACGGCUCGUCGGCGGGCGCCCCCUCCUACUCCGCGCCCUCCCCUGGCGCGCCACCGUACGGCGCCGGCGGGCCGAGCGCAGGUGCCCCGGCGCCGUCAUCGGGGGCCGGUGCUUCCGACGCCGACGCGACGGCAUGA